AGAAAAGCCUCUGACUGGAGAGGAAAACCAAACCAUCAGUGUGCGCAGAGACGCGCGGCGCCUCAUCCAACCAGCGCCAGUCCCACCAAACCGGGCUAAAACUACGCGUUCAAACCAUUAAAGUGAAGGCAGCUAGACUCUUUAGCCCUGUGGAUUCCUGCUCGCUAUUCGGCUGUAGAAAGCUUAUCCUGAAGUGGAACCAAAAGCGGAUCUGAUCACCGAUGAAUUCCGCGAAGUUAUCAGCGUUUGGAAGUGAGGAGUCAGAGCGGAGUGGAGAGAAUCCAAGUGCUGUGGAGUGGAUUACUUCUCGAGUUUACCCGCAACGAUGUCUGCGACUGAUCUGAACUUUGAUUCUUAUAGGAAUUCACUUUCUUUGGAGCACUGCUGAACGUUAUCACCAGUGUUAGUGCGGAGUUCAGGAACUCUCUUCCAUUCCCCGGCUCUGCAGCAGAAGUUGUGAUUUAGAUGAAAUAGACAACAUAGAAAAGCGCAUUCUCACUGGAUUUACAGCGCGUCCAGCUGCUCUUGAAUGAUGCCUGCCUGUUUGACGGGGAUUUACUGUCUACUGGCAUUUCUGCACAUUUGUACAGGAUCUCGCCUUCGCCAGGAAGACUCCCCUCCCCGCAUCGUGGAGCACCCCUCUGACCUCAUUGUGUCCAAAGGGGAACCAGCCACUCUCAACUGCAAGGCAGAGGGCCGCCCGACCCCUACGGUGGAAUGGUACAAGGACGGGGAGCGCGUCGAGACGGACCGCGACAACCCCCGCUCCCACCGCAUGCUGCUGCCCAGCGGCUCCCUCUUCUUCCUACGCAUCGUCCACGGACGCAGGAGCAAACCCGACGACGGCAGCUAUGUGUGCGUGGCCCGAAACUAUCUAGGCCAGGCCAUCAGUCACAACGCGUCGCUGGAAGUAGCCAUUUUGCGUGAUGACUUCAGACAGAACCCGGUGGACGUCAUGGUGGCGGUGGGUGAGCCUGCAGUGCUGGAGUGUCAGCCGCCCAGAGGUCACCCAGAGCCCACUAUCUCCUGGAGGAAAGACGGCUCCAACUUAGACGACAGAGAUGAACGCAUCACGAUCCGCAGUGGCAAGCUGAUGAUCACCAACACCAGAAAGAGCGAUGCAGGGAAAUACAUCUGCGUUGGAACAAACAUGGUGGGAGAGAGGGAGAGUGAGAUCGCUGAACUCACCGUGCUAGAGCGUCCGACCUUUAUAAAGAGGCCCAGCAGUGUGGUGGUGUUGGCAGACGAGAGCGUUGAGUUCCACUGCGUCGUUCAAGGAGACCCUGUUCCCACUGUCCGCUGGAGGAAAGAUGAUUUUGACCUGCCUAAGGGCAGAUUUGAAAUCCUAGAGGACCAUACUUUGAUUGUUCGCCAAGUGACCUCUUCAGAUGAGGGCUCCUAUACAUGUGUGGUGGAGAACAUGGUCGGAAAGUCUGAAGCAUCCGCCACGCUCACUGUGCACGUGCCCCCAGCGUUUGCCAUGCGCCCCAGAAACCAGGUGGUGGCAGCGGGCAGGACCGUCACCUUCCAGUGUGAGGCCACUGGCAACCCACAGCCAGCUAUCUUCUGGCAGAGGGAGGGCAGCGAGAGUCUCCUCUUCUCUUACCAGCCUCCGCAGCCCUUCAGCCGUAUGUCUGUCUCCCAGAUGGGCAGUCUGACCAUUACCGAUGUUCAGCGCUCUGAUGGAGGCUUCUACAGCUGCCAGGCUCUCAACAUCGCCGGCAGUGUUAUUACCAAAGCACUGCUGGAGGUCACAGACUCUGGGUCAGAGCACCCUCCUCCUGUCAUCAGACAGGGCCCACUCAAUCAGACUGUGCCUGUGGACAGCACAGUGGUCCUGGGCUGCCAAACAGCUGGUUCUCCGCCUCCUACAGUCCAAUGGAAGAGGGAUGGUGUGGUGGUUUCUCCUGUGGACUCCCGCAUGUCAAUAACCGACACAGGUUCCCUGGAGAUCCGCUACACUAAACUGGGAGAUACAGGCUUCUACACGUGUGUAGCUUCUACUUCCAACGGGGAGGCGUCAUGGACUGCAUACUUACAAGUGGAGGAGUUUGGAGUUAUUGUUCAGUCAAAUCAGCCUAUGGACCCUAACCUGAUGCCCAGUGCUCCAUCCAAACCCGAGGUGACUGACAUCAGUAGGACCUCCGUCACUCUGUCGUGGAAAUCGAACCCCGGUGUCGGUGCACCGCCUACAUCUUACCUAAUAGAAGCUUUCAGUUAUACGUUGGGCAGCAGAUGGGUGACCCUCGCUGAGCACAUAAAGACACAGACUUUUGUACUGAAGAACCUGAAGCCUGCUACUGUCUACCUCUUUAUGGUCAGAGCGGUGAAUGAGUAUGGCCUCAGUGACCCCAGCACCAUCUCUGAUUCUGUCAGGACACAGGAGAGCAGCUCAACCAUGCAGGGAGUGGACCACCGCCACAUCCAGAGGGAGCUGGGAGAUGUGGUUAUCCACCUUCACACGCCAACUGUCAUUUCAUCCUCUGCCGUCAGGGUGCAGUGGAUGGUUGAGCAGCAGUCGCCGUACAUCCAGGGUUACAAGGUGCUCUACAGGCCGUCUGCUCACCACGGGCAGCCAGAGGGGCAGUGGAGUUUCCUGGAAGUACGAGCCUCGCGGGAGGACGGGGUGGUGAUCGGUCAGCUGAAGAGAGGAGCCAUCUAUGAGUUCAAAGUGCGCCCGUUCUUUGAUGAGUUCCAGGGAGCUGACAGUGAGGUGAAAGUGGUCAGGACUAUGGAAGAAGCCCCUAGUAAAGCACCCCAGGGCGUUACAGUGACAAAGAGUGAUGCCAAUGGGACUACAAUCCUUGUUGCUUGGAAACCGCCUUCAGAACGGGAGGAGGCUGGAUUCAUUCAGGAGUAUAAGAUCUGGUGCCUGGGUAACGAGAGUAGGUAUCAUGUAAACCAGUCUGUAGACGGCUCCACCUUCUCUGUGCUCAUCCCCAGUCUGGCACCAGGAAUUCGCUACAGUGUCGAGGUCGCAGCCAGCAAUGGUGCAGGACCCGGGGUCAAAAGUGAUGUCACUUUCUUUCAGUUAGACUCUGCAGGCCAGAUGAUGGAUAUCAGUGAAGAAAGAGACACUCUGUCUCAGCUCUCAGACGUUGUGAGGCAACCAGCUUUUAUUGCCGGCAUUGGUGCCACCUGCUGGUUGGUGCUCAUGAUUUUCAGCGUGUGGCUCUACCGCCACCGCAAGAAGAGAAGUGGCCUCAGCAGCACCUACACUGGCAUUCGUAAGGUCCCUUCAUUCACCUUUACUCCUACAGUGGCAUAUCAAAGAGGAGAAUCUGUGUGCAGUGCUGGCAGACCUGGUCUUCUCAGCAUGGGUGAACCUCUCAACCAGCUGUGGCUGCCAGACAAUUGGCCGAAUGCAUGUGCCAAUCACAAGGACUGUAGCAUCAACUGCUGCAAUAAUGGCAACGGCACCAGUGACAGCAACAUGACAACAUACAGCCGACCAGCUGACUGCAUAGCAAACUAUGGGAACCAUCCAGAGAACAAACAGGGCGGACAGCUUGGUUCUGAGACGGCCAUUUAUAGUGAUGUGAACCUUUCCAACAAGCUCAACGAGAUUAAAACAUUCACCAACUCCAACUUGGGCUAUGUGAGUCCUGGAGGAGAUUACGAGCCCAUCCCAUACGCCACCACACAGCUCAUCCAGGCCAGCAUUAAGAAUAAAGCAGCCACAGGGGGGGCUGCUGCAGAGCCUCUGGACAUGCCCUGCUGGAACAAACCCCCCAAUCCUCCUCCAAUACCCAAGGAGAUGGCAGCACAGAUGCAGUACAAUAUAAUAGAGAAAAAUAUGCUAAAUAAAGAUCAUCUUCAAGGAAGUGAAGGAAUGAUCCAUCCUAAAACUCUGCCCUACAACCAGAUGAGCAGAGAUCACAGCACAGGAGGCUCACACCACAGCUCCGACAGAGGCAGCAACAGCACCUCAGGGAGUCAAAAUCAAAAGAAGGGAACGCGGGCCCCAAAGCUGCCAAAACCGAAUGCAGUAAGCUGGGGAGAAGCCCCGCCCCCUCCUCAUGCCAAUGCCUGGGACUGCGAUGAUUAUAGCCUACCAAUGGAAAGGAGUUUUGAUCCAGAGGAGAGGAUAGAAGGCUGCCCGACUCCGCCAGUUAGAGGUGCAGCCUCAUCCCCCACUGAAGGGUCCUAUAGUCAUCCGUCCAGCACAGGAGCACAUGGGGACCUGAGUAAUGGAACUGCGCACCUCAGCCACCCUCGCGCUCUUUCCCCUCCACACACCUACAGCUCCAUACCCCUCUGUAUGGAUGCUGAUGGACAGGAAGACGAGGAGGAGGAGGAGGAAGAGGAGGAAGCAGAGGAGGAGACCGACGCUGAGCUCCCUGAAAGUCGCUACAGCCAACAACCCCAUAGCCAGCAGAAGUACAAAAAUCAGCUGCACCAUCCGUCUGCACACAGGCUGCUUCUCCACGGGCUGGAGCAGACCCCGGCCUCCAGCACCGGGGACCUGGACCAAUCGGUCACAGGGUCCAUGGUGAACAGCUGGGGCUCAGCAUCCGAGGACAACAUCUCAUCAGGCAGGUCCAGUGUUGUCAGCACCUCGGAGGGAUCCUUCUUCACAGACGGCGACUUCAACCAGGCUGUCGCGUCUUCGCGGGAUAUUGUCGGCCUCCGCAUGUGCAGAUACCCAGAGGAGUCAGGCCGGCGGCACCAGCGACCCAGCAGCCCCAUGUCCACAGACAGCAACAUGAGUCCUGCAAUAACACAGAAGAGGCCCAGGAGGCAUAAACAGAACCAAGCGGGUGAGCAGGACUACCAACCCAAAGACGUAUUCAAUGAUGACUCCUGCAUGCCUCUGAGUUUCUCCAGCCAGAUGUCCCAUGUUGACUAUAAAGUGAGGGGGGCCACGCUGCCUCGGAUGGGCUCUGGGGAUGCGCGGGGUCGACGAGGCAGCACUGGGACUCACAGGGUCAAAGAGGUGGCUCCCAAUGAGCAGAGAGAGGGCCAGGACAAGCACAAGUCUCCAGGCGGAGGAAAAGGAAGCAGCAAAAGCCGACAGCACUCAGAACUAGGGGACGUCUUACUGUACAGUCGCCCCUCUUUUCCAUUAGGUCAGGUUCAGAGGGAUCCUGUUGAUGCUAACUCAACCAGCUUUAUGUCAAGUGGAGACUCAAGGACCAAACAGAGAGGACAGGCGCCACCUAUAGGACAGGUGGAAGAGGUAAAUCCAAAUCAGGCAUUCAAACUCAAAAUUUGAAUUUAAUGUCCUGAAGAGCUAGAAGAAAAGGAGCAACAAAAGCACAAACCGAAUUUCCCACCGGUUGCUUCAAACAAAGGACUAUGAACCUUUAAGAAACAGAAAAAGACUGCACAAUACAUUUUUGUACUUCAAAUUUCCCAUUAGGUGUUGGAAAAAAAAAAGUGCUCUCAUGUUUAAAGUGUGUGGACUGGAUGCACUGUUUUAUUGUUUGCUUUGUGGGCGAGCGGCUUCCAGGAGCAGGAGGUUGUGAGUGUCUGUUGUGACCGCUCGACGCGGUCCAUACAUGAUCUUUCGCUUGUCUGGUUAUUUUAUUGUAGCUGUUCUUCAGUCAUUACCAGCCAUCUUGUAAAUUUUUGAAAUUGUUUACUGCCACAGAAGUGCUUCAAAUUCAAAUUUUAUAUAACAGUGUUAAUGUUUUCUAAGUGAUGUACAUCUUGUCUUUGUAUGAUUUUGUUUGACUUUGGUUAUAAAAGCACAAUCACUUAAUUUUAUUCUAAGUCUUUAUCAUAUGGAUUUUCAGUCUGGAGGAAAUCAGUGGUCGGAGUCUCGUUAAUCAUGUCAUCACUUCCGGACGGGCGGAGAAGAUGAUUGUUGAAUGUGAUUGUGCAUUCUGUUGCGUAUACAUUUGAGCUGCUUUCAUUCAGAUUUAAACUAUCUGUUGUGUGUACUGAGAGAAUUGCAUGCAGAUUUUUCCCUGUUGGAGGUUUUUACUCUUCAUCUUGACUGCUUUGUCCUCCUGUAUAAGGAUGAUGAACACUCUGCUCAUGGACUGGUUCCAUUCAUUGUUUUCUACACUGAGUCCAUUUCAUUUAGUCCUGAUGUGUUGCCUUCACAUUGGCCAUAAUUUCUAGUGUAGGGCUGGACAAUAUGCUUUGUUUAUUGAUUUAGUGACUGCUAAAUCUAGGAAAGACUUAUAUAUUAUAUUUCAAUAAACAGAAUUGUGUCUUAAUCCCUUAGAAUAAAGAAAGAAAAACUACAAAAAAAAAA